UUUUGACCGAGUGGGCAGGACCGCGACAGAAAAGUGUUACCCAUAAUAAAAACAGCUGUUCCUUGUUUAUUUUUGUUGCUUGAUUCCGAUUCGCGACGUACUUCAUUCAAUCAAAAAUGUCCGUUGCACCGCCGCCUCCACCGUUGCCAGUAAAAACCACUGCUGAAAAGGAAAAAAACAUAGCUGGAAUUCAACUGCCAAAAGAAUUGAGUGAAUGCAAGUGGGCAGCUGGUUAUCCGGAGCUGCAAAAGGGCUGUUUUCUAAGUCGCGUGUGCCAAUAUGCUCAUCCCAAGCAGUGUCAAUAUUAUGAUAUUCCAAGUUUACUACAAGUUGGUCCCACCUGUGGAUUGACAGCGCUGAGCAUGCUGCUCAAUGGAAAACCAACUGCAGCUGAAUUGCUGGCGGAUGCCAUAGUGUUAAAAUAUACCAUAAAUGGAGAAAUGUUCAGUGCACAAUAUUUAUGUGAGUUGACGCAAAAGCAUUUUAAAAGCAUAUUUUACAAAGGCAUUUUAAAUUGUGCGUAUAUCAAGGAGCAGUUAACCACGAAUGGUUGUUUAUUAGUGCCUUAUGAUGCAGAUGGCAAUCAUGCGCCUUGCCAGAAGUCUGGCCAUAAAGCACACUGGGCGCUAAUUGUGGGUUACCUAAUUGAUGACCAAGAUGAGUUUUAUGUUCUGGCACGCCAUGGUAAAACGCGCAACUUGGCUGUGUGGACACUAUCAAGUCUAAGCCAAAGUAAUGCCAAUCUUGUGGAGUUUGCCCAGCCCAAUGGUUAUCCAGAUUGCACCUUUCUGUUGCCACCUGGUGGCCUGGAUGGUCCGCUUGGCCUUAAGGAGCGCGCUAUUUUGAUUAAAGGGUUAACACAAGCAGUUGUGAAAAUUGUCUGACCAUAACAAUAAUAAAAAGAGAUUUCAAAUA